AUGGCUAAUCAUAAUAUGAAUCCAAUUGCUGCUGAAGGUUUUGAAAAAGCAGCUGAAAACUAUGAACAAGCUCGACCGACAUAUCCAGAUGAUGCCAUGGAAUUUAUUAAGUCACUUCAUGAUAAACCUAAUGUUAUUGUUGAUCUUGGAGCUGGUACUGGAAAACUAACACGCUUAUUAGGAUCUAUGGCUGCACAAGAAAUAGUUGCAAUUGAACCAGU